CAAUUAAUAUAUAUACAGAUAUGUAUGUUUAUAUAUAGCCAAACUGUUUGGCCAAUUAAUACGUACAACUCUUGUAUUAAUCGAGUUGUAUUGUAUUAGAGGGAGGGAGGUGGUGGUGGUGUCCUCUAUAUUACAUAUCGGAGUCCCAUAAAUUAUAUGGACAAAAUGUUGGGUAUUCUAAAAGUUCGCGUUCGCCGAGGCAUCAAUCUUGCCGUUCGUGACUUCGAUACCAGUGAUCCUUAUGUUGUCAUCACCAUGGCUGAACAGAGACUAAAGAGUAAAGUAGUGAAGAAAAAUUGCAAUCCGCAGUGGAAUGAAGAGCUAACUCUUUCUAUUAAGGAUCCAAAUGUUCCAAUCAAGCUGACAGUGUAUGACAAAGACACAUUCACUGGAGAUGACAAAAUGGGUGAAGCGAUGAUAGAAAUCAAACCAUAUCUAGAGAGUUUGGAUAUGGGCUUGAAUUUGGAAGACCUUCCACCGGGUACUAAACUCGAUAGAGUUCAGCCAAGCAAGAACAACUGCCUAUCCGAGGAGAGCUGCAUUGUUUGGGACAAUGGUAAAGUUGUGCAAGACAUGCGCCUGAAACUGAAAAACGUAGAACGUGGGGAAGUGGUUGUCCAAAUUGAGUUUAUUGACCAUUUAGGCCGUAGCGGUUUCAGAAGUUGAGGUAUGCUCUGUAUCUGUUUGCUUGCUUGCUGUGUGUUGUAACUUGUGAGGAGGUAUCCUAGAUUGGUUUCAGACACUCUAUGUAAUGAAUGUUUGUAUGUUGUAAUAAACAUCUUGGAGUGAGUGAUAAAUAUUGGUAUUGAUUGUCUUAUACAAGAGGCUGAUCUUUAGCUAA